AUGGGUUUACCUCUCGAUGCAGUCGGUUAUCGCGACUAUAGGUUCUACUCGGUUCCGCUGUCAGCAGUGAAGUGCGCGUCGCAGUUUGCCUCGGCAACACCCAUAUCCUGUUCGUCCAUACUUCCAACUUUCAAUACAGCUGACCAGACCUGCCGCAGUGUCAUUUCAAAGAUCUCCUUUCGCUUUGCCCAUCGAGCCGGUCAAAUUCUCGAUUACCAGAUUAAACUAUGGACGCAGGACAUUGUGACAGAAGGCUUUGCCUUCAACGUCGAAAUUGUCUUCUUUGAGAAUGAAAUUGUUGACUUGAAUGAACCUGCCUUUUCACCGGAUUUGCAACGCAGCGGUGCCGACGGCUACGACUGGGGGAGACCGCUUCUGGCAGGGCGUCUCUCCGACCAGAACAGUAUUCAAAUGGCGCCAUUUCCGUUGCUGACAGAAGCAGACAGGCAGUCCGCGCGGGGAGCUCUCUACGCC